AUGAGAAUGCUAAGGACAUCAGUAGCCUUUCUUCUUCACCUGGCUGCCUCUCUGGCGGCCCCUGUGCCGUGUGAGGAGAAGGUGGCCAGCCUGGAAACUGAGAUUCAGGGCCUGAUGAACGUGAUCAACGACCAGCAUCGCUACAUCCAGCAUCUCCACAACAGCCAGGUCCAGCAGCUGGAGCACAUACCCAACGCACACCUGGGCCCUGAGAACCUCUACAGAGACUGCUCCGAGGUGUUUGCGGACGGUAACGUAGCCAGUGGGUUAUACGUGAUUCGCCCAGACGGCUCUCCCACUGCACUGAAUGUCUACUGUGACAUGAACAAUGGAGGAGGAUGGACCGUCUUCCAGAGGAGGAGAGAUGGCAAAGAGAGCUUUGACAGAGCGUGGGUGGAGUACAAGCAUGGAUUUGGAGACCUCUACUCCCCUGAUGGAGAAUUCUGGCUGGGCAAUGAACCUCUGCACUAUCUCACCUCACAAGGAAGCUACGACCUGCGGAUUGACAUGGAGGACUUUGAGGGUAAGCAGCGCCACGCAGAGUACAAGAACUUCAGAGUGGAUGAUGAGAAGGAUCAGUACCAGUUACAUUUGGGAGAGUACAAUGGGAAUGCAGGGAACGCUCUGGCUGACAUCCACAGCCCUCCUUCUACUGGGCUGAAGUGGACCAGUCCAGGCUUGGAGUCGCACUUGGUCAAAUUCAGCACGUACGACCGGCAGAAUGAUGACAGCGCUGGAAAUGAUGACGCCACGUGUAUCAGACACACCAGGUCCGGCUGGUGGUUUAGCAGGUGUGAUUCAGGCAACCUGAAUGGUCAUUACUACAAAGGACCGUACCAAGCCAUGACUGAUGAUGGGGUGGUGUGGUAUACUUGGCAUGGUUGGUGGUACUCCAUCAAAUCUGUGACCAUGAUGGUACGAGCCGCUGACCUCGAGCAUCCACCACCAGUCAUCCCCCAGUUACCAGUACAACUGGACCCCAGCAAAGCAGCAAGCGAUGUCCUUUAUCCUCCUCAUGGCCGAUAGGUUGAGAGCA